CAGACCAGAACGGGGUCUUUUCGAUCCUGUGGAAGGCUUUGGCCGCUAACGGCAUGAACGUCGCUUUUGGAGCGCGGUGGCUUCUCAACUGUGUUUCUGGUACGUACCCAUGGUGGAAUACGUUGUGCACUGAAACGAAUGUACGUUAACAGUGUGCCAGAUCUCAACAUAUGCAAGAGAGAAAUUACAAUUAUGAAAGAGUUGUCCGGGCACAAGAAUAUUGUUGGCUAUUUGGAUUGUGCUGUUAAUUCUGUAAGCGAUAAUGUUUGGGAGGUACUCAUUCUCAUGGAAUACUGUAGAGCUGGGCAAGUUGUGAAUCAGAUGAAUCAGCGUCUGCAGACAGGCUUUACUGAAUCAGAAGUAAUGAGAAUAUUUUGCGAUACCUGUGAAGCUGUCGCCAGGUUGCAUCAGUGCAAAACUCCUGUAGUUCAUCGGGAUCUAAAGGUGGAGAACAUAUUGUUAAACGAUAGCGGAAACUACGUUCUCUGUGAUUUCGGCAGUGCCACUAACAAAUUUCUAAAUCCUCAAAAAGAUGGUGUUAAUUUGGUUGAGGAAGAAAUUAAGAAGUAUACAACGCUGUCAUACAGAGCUCCUGAAAUGAUAAACCUGUAUGGAGGGAAACCAAUUACUACCAAGGCAGAUAUCUGGGCACUUGGUUGCUUGCUGUAUAAACUUUGUUUCUUUUCGCUUCCCUUUGGAGAGAGUCAAGUUGCUAUUUGUGACGGAAGUUUUACCAUUCCGGACAAUUCCCGAUAUACUCAUAAUAUGCAUUGUUUGAUAAGAUACAUGCUUGAACCAGAUCAAGAACAGCGACCUGAUAUCUUUCAGGUAUCUUACUUUGCCUUUAAACUUGCCAAAAAGGAUUGUCCAGUGUCCAAUAUUAAUAAUUCUUCUCUCCCUUCAACUCUUCCUGAACCCAUGACAGCUAGUGAGGCAGCUGCUAGAAAAAGCCAAAUAAAAGCAAGAAUAACGGACAACGUUGGACCAACAGAAACCUCAAUUGCACCACGACAAAGACCAAAGGCCAAUUCAAGCACUGCCGCUUCUAGUGUGCUGACGAUCCAGAGUUCAGCAACACCAGUCAAAGUACAAGUUCCUGGUGAAUUUGGUAAUCGUGGGCAAAAAGGAACCACGAGACCUGGAAAUGGACAAGAAAUUUUAUUGCCCCAAGGGACCAAUCCGCACCAUUCACAGCAGAACAGAGUUCUUCAGCAGCUGCAGCAGGGGGACUGGAGACUACAGCAGUUGCACCAUUUACAUCACCAGCAACAGCAGCCAGCAAUUCAGGAUGCUUAUUUGCAGCAGUAUCAACAAGCAAUGCACCAGCAGAUGGUCCAACAGCAGCUGUUGAUGCAAUCUGUGUACCAGCAGCAACCUUCCCAGGCUCAGUAUCCUGCUAUGGUGCAGCAAUAUCACCAGGCUCUCAUACAGCAGCAGAUGCUUGCUCAGCAGCAGCAGUCACAACAGCCACACUCUCCUGAAUAUAUCGCUUCUCCACAAGAUUUCUCGCCAGCCUUAAUCUCCUACCCUGCAUCGCUUCCAUUGCACGCUGGAACAGUGGUGGAUUCUCCUUAUACUGCAAGCAGGUCAGGUGUUCCUGAUGCUGAGGCCAUUUCCAGUUACCCGAAGCAGAGCACCAAUAACCCACCUGAUAUGUCAGGCUGGAAUCCAUUUGGAGAGGACAAUUUCUCCAAGUUGACAGAGGAGGAGCUGCUGGACAGAGAAUUUGACCUGCUGAGAUCAAACAGGCUGAUGGACAGGAGAGCAUCUUUGGAUAAGAAUGUGGAGCUGCAUUCUGCUCCACAGAGCAAUCCUCCGGAAGAUCCCUUUGGUUCUGUUCCUUUCAUUUCUCACCCAGGUUCCCCUGGAAAACAAAUGGAUAACUUGGCCAUCAGUCAAGAAAAUAACUUAGGGACCCCUAACAAGGCUGGAAAACUGAGCCAUGCUUUUAGAGAUCCACGGCCAGGGAGGAAAACCGUGGAGGGACAAGUGACGAAAGGUGGCGAUGAGUCAGAGAGCGAUUUUGAAUCUGACCCUCCUUCUCCGAAGAGCAGUGAAGAAGAAGAGCAGGAGGAUGAGGAAGUCUUGCAAGGUGAGAAUGGAGACUUCAAUGAUGACAAUGACACAGAGCCAGAGAACUUAGGCCACCGGCCUCUCCUCAUGGACUCUGAGGAAGAGGUGGAAGAGGAGGAGGAAGAGAAGCAAAGUUCUGACUCUGACUCGGAUCGUGCCAAGCGAAAAUCUGUGGAAGGGCUCCCUAGCAGUAGAUUUAGAGAGGGCAAUGGCAGCAGUGAAAUCAAAGAACCCAGUUUAAUGCUCGCUUCCCUGUCUGAAGCGCCAAGUACUGUAAUCAAGGCGAGCUCUGGCCAAGAAUUUGAUGUGUUUGGGGCUGUGCCCUUUUUUUCUCUUCAGCCUCAGCCACAAGCAAGAGAGAAGAGUGACAAAGAUGUCUCUUCUCAGACUGCCUUUCCUGGCCUGAACCAAGAGCAGGAUGACUUUGACGUUUUCACAAAAGCCCCGUUCAGUAAAAAGGUGGCUCAGCAAGAUGGCCAAGUGGUAGGAGCUGAGACUCAAAUCUCCCCCGCCUCUCCACGGGGCGUAGAUAUUUUCGGCUGCACCCCAUUUCAGCCUCCCCUUCUCCCAAAGACCGGUGGGACUAAGGAGGACCUGUUUGGGCUCAUCCCUUUUGAAGAGAUCACAGGGAGUCAGCAACAGCAAAAGGUGAAACAGCAGCGUAACCUGCAGAAGCUUUCCUCCCGCCAAAGGCGCAUGAAACAGGACGCGUCUAAGAGCAACGGCAAGCGUCACCAUGGCACCCCGACCACCACAAAGAAGGCUUUGAAACCAAGCUACCGCACGCCUGAGAGAGCCCGCAGGCACAAGAAAGCAGGCCGCAGGGACUCGCAGAGUAGCAAUGAGUUCCUGACUAUUUCGGACUCCAAAGAGAACAUCAGCGUGUCGCUGACUGACAGCAAAGAUCGAACCAACCCUCUGCAGACAGAUGAGAGUCUGCUGGAUCCUUUUGGAGCCAAACCUUUCCACCCACCAGACUUGAUGCGACAUCCCCAGCAUCAAGGAUUUGGUGACAACCGCGGGGAUCAUGGUACAGUAGUAGUGGCUGGUAGACCUAGGCAGAGCUCCUUCCAUGGGGCCAUUCACAGUGCUGAUGGGCUAAAAACAGAUGACUUUGGUGCAGUACCCUUCACAGAACUGGUUGUGCAGAGUGCCCAGACCCAGCAGCAACAGGCAUUAGAGUUAGAUCCCUUUGGAGCAGCUCCAUUUCCUUCUAAGCAGUAGAUGCUUCCAGUGGGGUUCCCCUCCCCCCCACCCAUCUCUCCAGUUUACCUAGCAGAGGUUUUAACUAGUUAAAUAAUUUAUCUGGUUGAGUUGACAGGGAACUGGGUUGUACAGUUUACUCAAGUUACAGAGGGCAUGGCCAGCUUGCACUGCGAAAUACGGAAUAGUGACUUUUUUUUGUUGUUGUUGAUCAGGAAAAAACCAGAAAGACAGCAUCAUUUUGAUAGGACAGGCAGUUCCUGGGAUGUAAGAGAAAUCAGAUAUGAGUCAUUGUCUGUCACUGACUUUGUGGCCCUGGAGCAUUUUGUCAUUCUGCACUUCUGCGUUGUCCUCUCAGUCCUAUGCAACGUGCUGAGAUGGAGGGAGGGGGAUAGGCAGAAGUUGCCUGAAAAAGUUUUUUCACCCAUGCGAGUGGGCUAAAGGAAUUGCGAUGGGUUCUUUGUGUCUCAAUUGCAAUAGACCUAAGAACCCGAAUGUACUAAUAUCCAGAUUAAUCUGCUGGAAAUAGCUGAGUCUUCGCUUCCUAGAUGAAAGCUGUCUUUAUUAAUCAUAAAAUAAAGAAGCCAAGUCCUCCAAAGGGACAGUGGCUCAGGCUAUCCAGAGUACGGCUAUGGCCUAGGACGUGGUAGACAUCUAUGCAGCUGCAGAGAUGAAAGGCGGAUUGAUUUUUUGUGUGCCUAAAUGUUCAAUUUUAUUAUGAUUUUUUUUUUCACAAUAAGUGCCAUUAAUGUCAAAUAGCAAACUGGAAGUCUAGAGUUAAAACUAAAGAUGCAGAGAAUAUAAUGGUUCAUGAGAUGAAAAGCAUGCAUGUAGGAAAGGAAACCAGCAGGGGUACAGCCAGAGUUUGCAGCACUUAAAAAAAACUACUCAGUACGCUGGGGAAGAGAGGCUGGUUUCUGUGAAUAAGACAUCUGGCACAGAUGGAGUGUUUCCGAUUACUUGUACAGUUGACUGUGAAAUGCACCCGUGAGUUUUGUUUGAUUAUGAAUUGGGGUUUGUGUCUGAAAAUAACUUUUCUUUUCCUCUUGGAUUUUUAUUGCAAAGAAAAUGUGUGUUCUUUCAAAACUUGCUGUUUUCUAAAACAAUAAUAAUUUUGUGAAAUGAUUGUAACCUAAAGUCCUUUUAAUUUUAAGUUCUGAUGAAUCUAUUAUUGUACGUAAGUCUGUUUUAUAAGAAAGUUUUGCUAAAUGCACUGAGCUUUGAAGAAACUUCCCUCUGAAAACGGAUCUGUUUCAGAACAGAAGCGGUAAGCAGUAGGUGGCUUGCAGAUGCUGAUUGCUCCUGUACCAUUAAACUGCGAUUCACACCGCGAAGCCUUACAGGCAGGACUCUUCUCCUGCUGCAAAGUACCUCCGAGACAUUAGGUGUGUGAGACACGGCUAAAAACUUGGGAGUGUGCAGUGCCAGUAGAUAGAUGAUGGGAAAAUGAUGUAAUGAGACUUGCUGAAACAAGAUUUAGUUACUCGGUUAUAAAAGCACGCGCUACCUAUCGGUGGGCCGGCUUCUCCCUUGCCUCGCAACUCGGGUCAAGCCAUUUAUACCUACCGUAGAGUGAGCGUGAGUCACAACAGUCCAAUUGGUCUACAUUUUUUCAAUGGCAAUCCUGUGGAGGAGGUGGAAGGAACUAGUUCCUCUGCUUAUCCCACCUUGAUACCCUGCUCUCCUGAAUGCUGAUGAACGGAUAAGUGAAAGUUUAUAUAUGGAGACAGUAAGUGUCUGUGGUUUAUCCCUUUCUCCUUCCCACCUUCUUCCUUAGGUAAAGUGUAAUUUUUAGGGUUUCCAAGUCUACAUUAAAAAAAUGCUUACCUGGCUACACAGUCACCCAGAGAUGUGCUGGGGGUAGGGGAGGUGGAUUCCUUAAAUAUUUACAGAAACACAUGUUAAAUGUGUUUUUAAAAAAAAAAAAAAAAAAACUUUCUCCUUUGGUGGUUUUAUCCCGUUGGUUUGAAACAAUGCUGCCUCAGAUACAUUUUGAGUUUCUUUCUCCUAAUCCUAGAUUCUGAAAGUAGCACAUACAUACAUAGCUGUGCACCCUCAUUACCUUUAUAUAUAUAUAUAUAUGUUUUUUUUCUUUUGUUUGGACAAGGUGAAAUUGAAAUACUAGCGCUCUACUUGGUUAAGUUUGCCUUUAUCAGGGUUAGAAGUUAAGCUUUUGAGAGUAUGUGAGUAGAAAUAUUUCAACUCUAUUUGCACAUGAGUUUCUUAGGCUUUAUUACUACUGUUCUCACCUGGUUUUUGUGCCAAAGGCUGUAAGAAGUGCACGCCAAGUUUGUAGCAUUUUCUGAUACUCAGGUUAACUGUGAUUUAUAUUUUUCUAUGUGUGCUUAUUAGCUGCCUUCAUACAGUUUCCUUCUGAAAUUUUACUGACCUGCCUAAUGAGUUGUUGGAACAGAAUAUUGUGGAAAAGUGGGGCACUUGAGUGGAAACAAAACGAGACUAAAACAGCCAUUGUCCCAGCCUCUUAAAGGUGGCUGGCAGACCUUCGCUGAAGCCAUGCAGCCGUUCCUUUCCCUGGAGCAGAAGGGACUAAAGGGUUUGUGCAGCCAUUUAGUGUGGGAGGUGUGGGUUUAACAGCAUGUACGGGGAGUGGGUCUCGACUCUGCUGCGUGAAAGGAGAGGAGGUUUGCUGUUUGACCCUGAGGUAAGGCUGUGCAUCAACAGUGGUUUAGGACUAAGACUUACCCUGGUCCUAAAUAUUCAGGUAAAUUAAGAAUAGAAGGAAUGACAUCAUUGUCAUUGCAU